UUUUGUCUUUUUGGGGAGGGUAGCAGUGAAGCUGACCUCACAAUAUGCCAGCUAGCUAUAAAUAUGAAAUUACCUUGCAACUGCCUUUCCUCCUAUUUAUCUCUGCAUAUGCAACUAGCUGGCUUAAACCUGAGGAGAGAUCAGAGUUCCCUAAACUUGUCCUAGAUAAGAACUGAACAAGUUAAUGUUGAUAUGAUAAUUCAGACAAGUAGUUUUAUCAGCAACAAUAAGUGUGUUAGAUGUGAAAUGGUUGACUUUAAACUUCAGCAGAGAGGCACUGUGGUGUCUGCUUCACGUUAGAUAAGCUGAGUCUUCUGUGUUUUACAGUUGGUUAAAGAAUAAUUAAUACUACAAAAGUGUGCCAUGUAAACAAGAGCUCUGUUGUAAUUGAAUCUCAGCAAAUAUACAAGUUCCAUGAAUAACAUGAUUCAAUGUCCCCUAUAUAAUAUUUUACUUACAAGUAACCUGAUAGAAGCACUUGGUUGAAUGCUUCAUUUCUAGAGUCUGUAACUUUGAAGUGAGCCUUGAAAGUGUUUAAUGGAAGUAUUGUUGGUUUUGUAAAAUGAAAAAUUAGUUUGGCAUGCCAAAAUACAAGGCAAGUAUGGUCUCCCAGUUUAAAUGAAAAUGCAUGCUGAAAGUCUAAAAUUUAUUCUACAUUUUUUAAGGUGCUUCUGGAUUUGAAUCUGGUAGUGAUGUGCUGCAAACAUGAAUAAUUUGCUAAUUUUUAGGUUUAAAACAAUUGGCUAUUAAACUCUCUCUGCAUCUUUUUUUUUACUAUCCUUUAGAUACAGAAAAGGGAUAGUGGGCUCUGCAUCUGGAUUUCACCUUGUUUUUAAUGUAGUUCUGCAAAGCCCUUCCAACAUUGGAGAGACGCUGAAUUUGCCUGAGGGUACAUUGCUACAAUGUUUUUUCUUACUUCAUUACAGUAACUGCUGCCAACAAAAGGCUUUCCUCCGUGAGCCUGGGCAAUGUUUCUUUAUGGUUCAGUAGUUUCAUUUGAGUUAAUAUAAGGUUGGAAAUCUGUUUCAGUGUCUACAAAUUUAAUAAAAAUUAGUGCCUGGGAAGAGGUGCUGGGACCUUGUGUAGGAGACUUUGCAGCAUCUUAUUUUUUGUUUGUAAAACAUGCAAUGGUGAAAGAUGAAAAACUUAACUGCAGGAAAAGCUUUCCUGAGAACAUCCUCCUUUGUAGACCUCAGCUCAUUCUGUGGGAGGAAGAAUUUGAUAAUGGAGAAAAUGCCAAUCGUAUGUGAUUCUGCAAGACAUCAUGAAUGCACAGAGGGAAGGAUGACAUCUCUUUGAAGUUCUUAUGCCUGGAAAACAGGUCCUGUGAAAGCAGAUAUGCUUACAAGAAAUAUUUCUUCUACAAGUGAGAAUGAAACACUGAGUAGAUCCCAAAAUUUGACAGACAGCUUGCAGAGUUUAACCUCAGCAAGAAAGGAGACAUUCCCAACAACAGUCAAAAUCAAUUCAGUGAUGGCAGGACAGCCACUUAUACCCAAUGGUGACUCUUUGUCAUCUGUUGUCCCUGCUAGUCUGGUAUCACAGGUGGAUGUUGAUGCUUCUGAAGAUACUAAAAUUGAGGAAGAAGAUCUUCUAACAGAUUUGAAAGACACACUAAGUAAUUCCCCACCCAUCAUAAAAGAAACUAUGGAGUCAGAUGGAGAUGACUAUGCUUAUGAAAUGACACCGAAUUCCAGAUAUAAUCCAGACCUUCUAGAGAUGUCAGAAGAUGACAGCUCUGACACCAUCAGUAAUUACAAUGAGGAAAUCAAGACCCUUGAUGAAAAGAUAAAAGCUGUUUCUGUCUCAGGGUUGGAUGAAGAAGAAGAUGGCCACUUUUUUUUUCAUCUGGUUGUAGUUGCCUUCUUAGUAGCUGUUGUUUAUGUCACCUAUCACAAUAAGAGGAAGAUCUUCUUACUGGUGCAGAGCCGAAGGUGGAGGGAUGGCCUGUGCUCCAGGACAGUGGAAUAUCAUCGUUUAGAUCAAAAUGUUAACGAAGCGAUGCCUUCCCUGAAAAUAACCAAUGACUACGUGUUUUGAAAGCACUGUGAUUUGAGUUUGCUAAACUUAUUGCUCUUUGCCUGCCCAGUUGUGUAAUAAUAUUCAGGUAUUCUAAAUAAGCUGCUUGUACGGAAACGAGAUGUACUCUUUUUGACCUGGAUGUUUUGGAGAUUAAAUCUCAUGGAACAUCAAAGGCAUGAUCUAUUUGUUUGCUACUUUGGUUGGGUUUUAUAUCAACUGUAAAGAUAGACAGUUUAAUAAAUUAGUGCUCUUACCAUGCAUUAAGCAUCAUGCAUUAAGCAUCAUUCCCUUCUGUCUGGAGCAGUCUUGAUAGUAAUACUACAAAAAAAAGUGCAUAAAAUAUUUUAGGUCUAAUAAAUUAAUGACUUUGGCAUCACUCAAUCAAAUUAAUGAUCUCUUUGCUAAUCACUUACAUGGCUCACAAAUUCCACUAUAUUGUAAACUUAAAAUAUAAUUACUUUUUUCUGUGCUUAAGUUCUGAUGCUGCAAGUCUUUAAUCUCGUUGUUUUCUGAUUCUGUUUUCUUGUUGCAUAAUUUGAUCCUAUUUUGGCAAAAUAGCUGGAAUGGCAAUUUAAUAAUUUCUGUAUGUAUUCAUGCCAUAAAUAAUUUAAAAAUAAUGAUGUAUGACCCAUUUUAUUUCAGAAGUUUUAUACCGUAUAUUUCCUAAAAUGUUUAAGGUGUUUGUGAAGGUAUGCAGCUUCUUGACUGUCCUUUUUUUUUUUCUCAGAUG